CACACACCCUUCAGAGUGCAAUUCCACCAUGGCCACACUGUCGGGGUACUUACUCAAACGGUCCAAAGCCGACUGGAAGUCUCGGUACGCGUGUCUGGACCGAGGGGUGUUGUACCUGUUCAAGCACAAGCAUCACAACUAUCCUUCCAUGACCAUCUUGCUGGCGGGAUGCACAGCCGAAGCCACGUCCGACCCAGACGGGUGCAGCUUUGUCAUUUCGCAUCCCAGUCGCGCCUCGACAAAGCAACUGCUCUUGGCCACUUCCGAGUCCCACUUGCUGUCAACUUGGCUCGACGCUAUCGUAGCUCACGCUCAACUUGACGUCGCCGUUCCAACUCCGAGGGCGCCACAUCGAGCAGCCGCUGUUCCGUCGCUGCCGUACGACAUUCCAUCCGCUGACAACCGGGGCGUCCCGCCAAAAUACCUCGACGUGGUUGAGACCAUGGUGGCCACUUUCUUGAGUGAGUACGUGUACCACACAGCGCGAUGGACCCUCGAAACCGACCACUCAGCUGUAAAAUCGACCCAAUUGUACUAUUGCCAGGCGCCUGCCGCGGCAAUGAGCAAACUCAUGCUCAAGCACCCAGCGGACGACAUUGCCAGUGUGGUCGUGGACCCUACCUUUGACGCCCACGUUCGCGACUCGACGACCGUCCACACGUUCAACGAAAACACGACGAUGCAGUACAUCACGACCAAAGACACCAUGUUUCCCAGUCGAGGCCGCCAGUACGUCGUGCUGACCCACCGCCGUACCCUGCCCGACCAGUCGGUGGUCGUCGUGUCGCAGUCCGUUCCAAACGACAUAGAGCAUUUGAACAAAUCCCGACACUCGGACCCCGCCGUGCUUCGCAUCGAAGGCUUCCACAUCGUGCCAAAUCUGGACGACACAGCCGCCGAAGUCACGUACGUCGUGCAUGUUGACGGCGACGAAACGUUGCCAGACCACGUCGUCGUUUCGCGGGCGCUCAAGUUGGACGCGCUGCGAGUGUUGCUGGAGCCCCCCGGAUCGCCCACGUCACCGCGAGCUCAUGGCGCCCUCCCUCAACCGUUCCCAAACGUUAUUUCUUCCAACAUCUUCGAAAAGUCCCCUAGGACCAAUGCGAGGGAUGUAGGGGCAUACUCGAUUCCGCGUCAGUUCGCCCAUGAAAUCGACUCGGCCAUUGCCACGUUAGUCGCCACUGCCACCGGAUUGAGCUCUUGGACGUUUCAAUCCGAGAAGGAGGGCGUCCGCGCCUACUCGAAACAACCGGACGGGUCGUCGCUUACGUCGGUCCUGGGCGUGGGCUCCAUGGCCUUCCCAGCCUCGACGAUCCUCGGGUUCCUGCUGGACACGAGCCGAAAGGUCGCGUACGAUCCCAUGUGCGCCGCGGCGUUCGCCAUCGCCCGCCUCGACCCGCACACGUCGCUCGACUAUUACGCGUCCAAGCCGGUGCUGAUUGUGUCCGGCAGAGACUUUGUCAACGUCGUGCACUGGCGAGUGCUGCCGGACCAGUCCAUCGCGGUGGUGGCCAAGGCCACGCAAACUGACCAAAUGCCCGUGAACCCGGGGCUCAUUCGAGGGGAGGUUCAUGUCGCGGGGUGGCACAUUGUGCCCACCGGACAGCACUCUGCAGACGUAUCAUUCAUGAUGAAAUUGGACCUGAAAGGGUCGAUUCCGACCUUUGUCCAGAACAAAAUCGCGGUCGACCAAGCGUAUGUCAUCCUAGCGGUCCGGAAACAACUCGAGGCGCUGCCAAACAUUCGAUCGUUUCCCGUUGUGAACGAUGCAAGGGGACAAGUCGCGGCAGCCCCCGUCGCCCCCCUCGUUCCCCCCGAUGACACUUUAACAAGUGAAUCUACUAGCAAACUGUCCAAAGAAUCGGCAAAGAAAGGAUCCAUGACGUGGAUCGAUGACACUCCAGCCAUCCCCACCCACACGACUGAGGAUGCUAGUGUUUGGAUGUCAUGGGGCGUAUCCUUGCUUGCGUUUCUAGGCGCCACGUAUAUCUUCUCACUUGGCGGCAUCCUCGUUGGGGCUAUGUACGUUGGCUACCAUGUCCUCACUAUCGGAUCUCCGUCUCUACGCCGUCGUCAACAAGGACCUGUUGCAUCGUGGAAAGCCAGCCUGUCUGCUUCAUCGGUACAUGGCUCGAUACUUGUCGACUGCUCCGACACGUUAGCGUACAUCCAGCACCUUGAAAAGCGAGGCGCAGUCGUCACCCUCCCCGACAUUGUCGUGCGCGCGGUGGCUCGCGCGGUGCGCCAUACGCCGUCCUUCAAAGGCUACGCGGCGUUUGGGUCUUUGUAUCCGUCGAAUGGCGCCGUGAACGUGUCCUGCCUCAUUCACCGCCACGACGAUACAUACGAUGUGACGCUUGCGGGGGCAGACACGUUAUCUAUCCACUCCAUUGCGACAAUCGUGGCGUCAGGAGUCGAUGAUGCUGGAUUGUCAUCGCCAUCUAAUUCGUGUGGGCUUAAGCCCACUCACUGGGCUUCGGUGGUUCACCAUGCACUGGUUCAGUUUUGGAUCGACAUCGCGGAAUGGCUGAGCCACCAAGUGCCAAGCAUGGGUGUGACACCGCAUCGGGGUACCCAUGCCAUCGUGGCUGACGUUGGGAAAAUGGGACUGGACGACGCGUUCAUUUCCAUGUUCCGCCAUGUUCCGUUGACGGUGAUAGUAGGUGCGAUCGCCAAGAGAGCUGUAGUGGUGGAAGGAGGAGAUGGCGAAGAUCAGGUAGUCGUGCGACCCAUGCUGUGCCUCAAUGUCCAAGUCAAUCCUCGGUAUGCGGACCCAGCGGGAAUUGCGCAACUGACUCGGCAUUUGAGGGAAUUCAUGGAGCACCCUGGGGUGCUGGACGACGAAGACCUCCAUCAGUAACGUUAGCUUACUACUCACAACUUGAAGUGUCCAUCGUUGCGUGAUUAGUAUAUUGAAUACUGUAGUAGACACCAAUGAUAAUAUUAUUAUCCUUCACAUAUAUAUACAUAUUUCG